AUGAUUAUUCCUAUUCGUUGUUUCACAUGUGGAAAAGUUAUUGGAAAUAAAUGGGAAGAAUACAUAAAACUUCUUCAAGAAGAGAAUACCGAAGGAGAUGCUCUUGAUGCUUUGAAGCUUAAAAGAUAUUGUUGUCGGCGAAUGCUCCUUUCACAUGUAGAUUUAAUUGAGAAAUUACUAAAUUAUUCACCACUUGAAAAAUAA